AUGUUUUUGCAUACUAUCUUCGUCUUUCUUUUCCUCACCAUCCUUGGCGUCCAGGCUGCUCCUACUCCUGCCAGUCCUGUCACUCCGAAAGAGACCCCUGACUGGUUUGAAGUCGGCGUGAGCAACCUUGAUUUGACUGAAGAAUUCGUGAAGAUCACCAAGAUCCUCGGGUCCGUCAAUGUGAACCACUGCCCUCUGGACAACGUCAAGCUUCCUCUCGAGCGAACCAAUCCCCCUCUCCCUAACCCCGGUAAUGGUCUCAAGCUGAAGUAUGUGGCCAUCGGUCGCGGCACCCAGAACUACACCUGCAAUUCCACCGACGAAUCCGCUACUCCUGUCGCAGUGGGCGCCGUUGCUACCCUUUACGACGCGUCUUGCCUUGUGGCCGUGAACCCUGACCUGGCUCAUGCGCUCACCGGUCCGUUCUCGAAAACUAUUCCCGGCGUGCUCAACUUCGUCAAUGCGGUCUUGGGCCGUGUGAUCCACUCAUCUACCGAUACCCUGGUGCUGGGUGAGCACUAUUUCGAUGGAAAGACUCCAUUCUUUGAUCUGCGAUUGGGCGGAUAUCCCGACUGGAUUGGCACAAAGAAAGUCGCCAGUGCGGAUGCACCUACCAAGGGCGAGGACGUGCCUUGGUUGAAGCUUGACGCUACCAAUUCGAGUGGUCUUCAUGAUGUUUAUCGCGUCUACACUGCUGGUGGAAAGGCUCCUGCCAGCUGCAAGGGCCAGCUCCCUGCGUUCGUGAUUGACUAUGCGGCGGAAUAUUGGUUCUAUGGUGCUUAG